UAUCGAUCCCGUCUACCCUCUUUUCUUCAACCCCUACCACCAUCGAAAGAAAUUCCACCGGCCGGACGCAGGAGGAAGAAAAAGACGGCGACUACGAGCGAUAUCGCCAAGAAUCAGCUCAACAACAUGCCGUGCAUCCCGGUGUCCAGCCCCAGCAUCCAGCACCAGCACCACCACCACCGGGUCCUCGGAAGCGUCGGCGCCGGCAUGGGUUGCGGGGCGGAGGCGGCGGUGGCCGCUGCAACGACGACUGGGAUGAUGUGCGGGGCGCACCACGACGAGGUGCCGGCGGAGGUGGCGCGGCACCACGAGCACGCGGAGCCCGGGUCCGGCCAGUGCUGCUCCGCGGUGGUGCAGCACGUUGCCGCCCCCGCGGCCGCGGUGUGGUCCGUGGUGCGGCGGUUCGACCAGCCGCAGGCGUACAAGCGGUUCGUGCGCAGCUGCGCGCUGGUGGCGGGCGACGGCGGCGUGGGCACGCUCCGGGAGGUGCACGUCGUGUCGGGCCUCCCCGCGGCGUCCAGCCGCGAGCGGCUGGAGAUCCUGGACGACGAGAGCCACGUGCUGAGCUUCCGCGUCGUCGGCGGCGAGCACCGGCUCAAGAACUACCUUUCCGUCACCACCGUCCACCCGUCCCCCGCCGCCCCAUCCAGUGCCACCGUCGUAGUCGAGUCCUACGUCGUGGACGUGCCGGCGGGCAACACCAUCGAGGACACCCGCGUCUUCAUCGACACCAUCGUCAAGUGCAACCUCCAGUCGCUGGCCAAGACCGCAGAGAAGCUCGCCGCCGCGUCGUGAGACCUCCUCCGCCACACCCUGGAUGUGAUCGAUCGAUUCCUUCUUUUCGGGGCGGGUUGGAUGGAUGUGUGUCUCUUCGGCGCGUGAGCAUUUCUUUCCCCUCUUGGGUUGUUAUUUUUUCUUCACAUUUGAGUGGCCCUUCUUUUUUCUUCUUCUUCUCUCGUUGUUGUGAGAUGCAUGCAUGCUCCUUCCUCCCUUGUGCACAGAUUCAAGAAUGAUAAACCAUCAUUGGUAGACCUCAAAUUCACUAAAUGUUCAAGUUGUUCUGUAUAUAUACAUGGUAUAGAUCAAUAGUACUCAUUGGAUUGGAUUGGAUGUUCA